AUGUCCGACAUCAAGCCGUUCAACCCCAAGAUACCGCAAGAAGAAGUCGAAAGAUUAUUCCGGAAAAUUGGAGAUACGAGACUGCCCUCGCAGCCGAUUGUUCCUGACGCAGGAGAAGAUUAUGGACCUUCGUUGGAAUGGAUUAACAAACUGUAUGAUCAUUGGCUGAACAAAUUCUCGUGGAGUGAUGCACAGGAGAAGAUAGCUGGAUGGAAGCACUUCAACACUGAGAUCGAAGGGUUGGAAGUGCAUUUCAUCCAUGAAAAGGCUCGGACGGAUAGUAGGGCAAAGAGGGAAGUAUUCCCUUUGCUGUUGGUGCAUGGAUGGCCGGGAACAUUUUAUGAAUUCCAAAACAUCAUGGAACCCCUACUUAACCCAGACAACGCUUCAUCCCCCAUCUUCGACCUCGUGAUCCCCUCCCUCCCCGGAUUCUGCUGGUCACAAGGCCCUCCCCGAGGGUGGACACUACAAGACACAGCGCGGAUAUAUGACGAGCUGAUGAGACGCCUCGGGUACGACACCUACGUUGCGCAAGCGGGAGACUGGGGUCACUGGGUCAUCCGCGAACUAGGCUCUGGACGAUAUCCCUCCUGCAAAGCCGUCCACACAAACAUGUGUCCCGGGGCUCCCACCAAAGACACCAACUUGACUUCGAAGGAACAAAACGCCAUGGAUCGCGCACAGUGGUGGAUGGGCAAGCCCUUAUACGAAGGACACAUGGGCUACGCGAUCGAGAUGCGAACCCGACCGCAGACCAUCGGCGUAGCGUUCAACGACUCUCCAGUGGGAAUCAUGAUGUUCGUCGGCGAGAAGUACAAUGAGCUCGCUGACCCGAAUCUCGGCACUGCGACGCUGGAUGAUACGAGGUUUGUGGAUGAUGUAUGUGCGACGUUGUCGUUGUAUUUCUUCACGCCACCGUCGAUUAUGACCAGUAUGCUGUGCUACUACAAUAACGUGAGGCACGAGGAUUACACGGAGUUCAAUGCGAAGAGGGAGAACCUGAUUAAGGUCCCGUUAGGGGUGAGUUCGUUUCCGUACGAUGCGUAUCCUGUGCCUGAGGCUGGAGCGCGGGAGACAGGGAACUUGAAAUGGUACAAAGCGAGAGAUCAUGGUGGCCAUUUCGCCUGUAUGGAAUGCCCUGAGGAUAUGGUUAGUGAUAUCAGGGAGUUCUUUGGCAAGUUCUAUUCACCGUGA